CUUCAAGAUGUGUUUUGUACUGGGAGGUGUGCUUGACCCAACCUGCUAGGCUUCGCAUUUCUUCGUCCGGUUGCAUUGGGAACGUCGACUUUGCAAGUUUGUGCCCAAGGAGCUUUGCACAACUAACUUAUAGGUUACAUAACCGAAGCUACGUAGGCCGCCGGCAGGAUCCUUCUGCAUCUCACUAAGCAGUAUACCCAAACCUUUAUAGGUAUAACUUCGCACAGAUCCCUUUUAACUAAGCGGUCCAAUACUGUAUCAGUCACACAACCAGAGCUCCGCUGGGAGCGAAAGUCCGACGUGCGUUGCGAUCGGCGCGUCAGCAGUGGUGUUGACACGCUUCUGUGCAAGAGCUACAAAUGGGGCGCGUAUACGAUGAUCUCGAACCGGUGGACGUGUCGGGCGAGAAAUUCCACCAGCCCCUUCCGCUGGGGCCCGAGGGUCUCAAGCAUGGCACCCUCGAGAAUGGCUUGACGUACUAUGUACGGCAGUGCGCCAAGCCCAAGGGCCGCUGCGCUCUUGCCCUGGCAGUGCGCGUGGGGAGUGUGGUGGAGUCCGAGCAGGAGCGGGGAAUGGCUCACAUCGUGGAGCACCUGGCCUUCAACGCCACGGAGUCGUACUCCAACCACGACAUCGUACGGCUGCUGGAACGCAUCGGAGCGGAGUUCGGCGCCUGCCAGAACGCGUACACCUCCGCGGAUGAAACCGUGUACACGCUCACAGUGCCCACGGGGGACGGGGAGGGGCUGCUGGCGGAGACGCUGGGGGUGAUGGCGGAGAUGGCGUUCAAGAUCAGGUGCUCCCCCUCCGACCUGUCCAAGGAGCGCGGUGCGGUGCUGGAGGAGUGGCGCAUGAGCCGGGACGCGCAGGGGCGCAUGCAGGAGGCGCACUGGCAGCUCAUCUUCCAGGGCUCCCGCUACGCCGAGCGGCUGCCCAUCGGCACCGAGUCCGUCAUCCGGCGCUGCCCCGCUGAUGCCGUACGGUCCUGGUACGAGCGCUGGUACCGGCCGGGGCACAUGGCGCUGGUGGCGGUGGGGGACUUCAAGGACACGGAUGCCGUGGUGGGGCUCAUUCAGCGGCACCUGGGUUCCGGAGCCAGCAGGAGCCGCGAACCCGCUCCGGACCUGCCGCGCUUCUCGUACACACCGCACGAGCAACCCAGGUUCAAGGUGCUUGUGGACCGGGAGACGCAGCACCCCUCCGUGUACGUGUCGUACAAGCACCCGCGCAUGCAGAUCCGCACCCCGCAGGAGUUCCUGCAGCACCUGGCGCUAAGCGUGUUCGAGAUUGCGCUCAACAACAGGCUGUACAAGAUCGGCCGCCAGCGCGAGCCGCCCUUCGCCUCCGCCGCCGUCAGCGACGAGCCGCUGUGCGCCACCGCCGGCAGCUGCGUGCUGAGUGCCACGGCGCUGGACGGCAAGGUGCUUCCCGCCCUGGAGUCGCUGCUCACGGAGGUGGCCCGCGUGCGGCUGCACGGCAUAGGGCCCGCGGAGCUCAGCCGGGCAGUCAGCGAGCUGAUAAGCGACAUUGAGAAUACGACACUCGAGGCGGACCAGGGCUACUGUACGGACAUCCGUGAUGAGUACGUACGGCACUUCCUGUACGACGAGUUCGUGACGGGUCAGGAGUACGAGGCGCGGCUGAGUAAGGCGCUGGUGCCGCUGCUGAGCCGGGAGGAGG